AUACCUCGAGGCUUUAGGGUCAGAAAUGUACCAACAUUAGGGAGGGCCAACCCUGAAUUUUGCAGUAAGUGGUGCAAAAUUCUCAAUAAGUGUUCAGCUGACUUGCUACUCCUAGUGGUUGAAUUUGUGGGGAAGGAGCUUAAGGCUAUCCAAGGGGAAAUUGGUGAAUUUGAGACCCAGCAACUGACACACCUGACACAGGACAAGACAGUGGACUGGAUGAAGAAUAUUGAAUCCAAUCUGACUAAAUAUAGGCAAGAACUAACUACCUUUAAAGAAAAGAAAUUACUGACUGUCAGGGACGACUAUAAGCAGAAAAGAGUGUACCGGUGGUUACUGGGACUACCUGAGCAGAAAUCGAGGGGGACCACUCGUAGAUACAAACCAUUCUCCCUGAUCACAGUUGAUAGUUCUGGAGAGUCUACUGAUUCAGAUCAAGGCAAUCAGGCUAGUUCCAGCUCCACUCGGCCUAUUUCUAGUUCCACUCAGCCUUUUUUAGCCGACAGCCCCCAGCUACCUGUAGACCCGGGAGAAGGAGGGGGAUCCCUAGGAGGGGAGGGAAGAAAAAUAAGCGACAAACCCCCACGGAGAGGGAGGAGGAAGAUAUAGUGGUGAACCUUUCCAGUCACAGGUUGAGUAUGGGAGAGAGUAGAUUACUGAAUAGGGGUUUGAAGUUUGUCCCGACAAACUGGGCCACACCGUUUGAGACCUAUAAAGACAUUCAUAAGUUUAAAAGACAACUGAAAUUAAAAGAUUUCUUUAAGGAACAGGCUCCCACGACACCAGUGAUUUUUAAGGCUAAAAGUACCUUUGACCCUCCGAAUACGGCACCCUCUAUCUCUACCUUUACACACCUUCUUAGUAGAGACUUGUGGAAACUACACAACACUAAGAUGAAUCAUUUUGCCAAUCUCACAAGGGUGGAAAGGGAGGCGAUUAAAACUUUACAAGCAGAUAAAGAUAUCAUUAUCCGACAGGCCGACAAGGGGGGUGGAAUUGUGAUUUUGGAUAAAACCUAUUAUGUGGAUGAGAUUACUAAACAGCUAUCUGACACGGACACAUAUGUAAGGUUAAAGGGAGAUCCCACUGUGAAGUUCAAACAGAAAUUGGACACAUUGAUUAACACAGCUGUGGUAGCAGGAUGGGUAGAUGAGAAUACUAAACGCUUUUUAACUACUGAUUUCCCCAAGAUACCCUUCCUCUACACCUUACCAAAAAUCCAUAAGUCCUUGUCCGCACCCCCUGGGCGCCCUAUCAUCUCUGCGGUGGGUUCGCUGUUUCAACCCAUCGCCAUUUUUAUUGAUCACUACUUACAGCCCAUAGUACAACAGAUGGACUCAUACGUGAAAGACACCACGCAUUUGCUGACCAUGCUGAAGGAGUUGAGGGUACCCCCUGAUAGUAUAUUGGCUACCAUGGAUGUAUCCAGUUUAUAUACCGUGAUUCCCCACGAGGCAGGGAUAGCGGUUUGCAGAGAGGCUCUGAGUAGAAUACAGGUGGAUGGCCCCCCCGUGGAAUUCCUGAUAGCCCUGUUAGACUUGAUUCUAUCUCACAAUUAUUUCAUGUUUAAUGAUAAAUUCUUUUUACAAGUGGCAGGAACCGCGAUGGGCUCCAAUGUGGCCCCGUCAUUUGCCAACUUAUGCAUGGAAAGCUAUGAGAAGACUGUGUUUUUACCCAGAGGGGGUAGCAACAUCUAUUUCUAUAAACGCUAUAUCGACGACUUGUUAUUGGUGUGGGGGGGUACAGCGAGGGAAUUAACUGACUUUCACGCAUCCCUCAAUGAGGGAGAUUCCCCUAUCAAACUGACCCUAUCCCAUGACACGCAGACUAUUGAUUUCUUGGACGUGACUUUAUACAAGCAGGGAGAGGGGUUGGGCACCACCUUGUACAAGAAGCCCACUGAUAAAAAUAGUCUUAUUCAGGCACAAUCUCACCAUCCUACACACAUGUCCCGGGGGGUCCUAUACUCGCAAUUUUUGAGGAUUAUCAGAAACAAUUCUGACAGGAACAUGGCACAAACACAACUUACUACUCUAACUGAACAAUUUGUGGCGAGGGGCUAUGACCGCACAUUAGUGAUAGAACAGCGGAGACGAGCGGAAUUGAAGACCCAAGAUGACCUAUUGAAGCCUGGUUUGAAUACGAGGAGGGCUCCUCCAGACUUGAUAUUUUCAACACAAUGGACUGAGAUCAGUGGGGAGACGAAAAGAGCUCUGCGGAACCGGUGGGAAAUUAUACAGUCUGAUCAAAGCUUACCUUUUGCCAAUCAAAGACCUUUGUUGGCGUAUAAGAGGGGACGGAAUUUGGGAGAUCUUCUAGUGACUAAGGAUGUGUUUGUACCCCCUAGAACAGGGACUACCUGGCUGGACAGACCCCUUAAGAAAGGGUGUUAUAAAUGCGCGGGUUGUCUGACCUGUAGUGGGAUGUUGCAGGGAGCCCAAUUCUCACAUCCCAGUACUGGAGUAAAAUUUGACAGACACAGGGUGACCUGUACCUCGGAUCAUGUGGUCUACAUGGCCUGGUGCCCAUGUGGACUGUACUACGUGGGCAAAGCUGGAACAUCGUACAGGGAGAGAAUGAACAAUCACAGAUGCGCUAUACGUAUGGCCCUUACAUCUGGCAAAGCUGACCAACCAGUAGCACGACACUGGCUCAAAUUAAAACACUCGUUACCACAGUUUCGGCACAUGAUCAUCGACCAUGUGCCUGUUCCACGCAGGGGAGGUAAUAGGGGACUGAUGUUGAUACAAAGGGAGACACAAUGGAUUUUUAAGUUGGAUACUUUAGCUCCCAAAGGACUAAACGAAACAUUACCCAUGUCAUCCUUUUAUUAAGAGACGAUUCUUGGACUGAUGUAUAACACAGAAUCAGCUUAUAUACUUUGUUGCAUUAUCAUUUCAUUGAAGAGGAUUCCCAGUGGAAAAUAACCAUAUUACUGUAUGUGAUAGGUUCCUUGGGCCCGAGUCACGGGAUGUUCCCCUUUGUUGGGGGGUACCGUGCAGUAAGACAAUAUGUUUGAUGGUUUUGUUUUUGUCUUUCUUUAUGCUUUCAGGUGGAUUCGGAACCCCAGAUGGGAUCUAGGAGAGGACAGAAGGAAAAUGGCCCAGGCCACACUGUGCACACCGGGGCUGUCUAAGUUUCCUGGCGAUAUGUAGAUUCGAACAACAUGAACCUCCGUGCGACUGCAGUAACGUGGAGCGAUGGUGACAGUAACGCAAGUAAGACAUGCCGGUUACCCUUGAUGCGCCUGAAGCCCCGACACAAUCUCCUAUGGUACCACACCUAAAUGUUGAGCGUCCAGUUCCCAUGGUGAUGGGGGCGGAGCCUAGCACGCACACGAGCAGGGGAGCAGCACGUCGAGAUGAGUCGUUGGAUGGGGAUUCGGUAGGAAGGUGAACUACGGACAGCCGGUGUCUGGUGCGCACAGCGGCAGCAAUGGGCAACAAUGGAGCUCGCGUCCUGUUUCCUAGAUCCUACUGGGGCAAGUACAACAUCCUAUAUUUAUUUCAAGCUUAUGUUAUAACGAGUCCGGAUGGCUGUAUGUUAUGUUUGCUUUUAACCGCACUGGAGCACUGACACCAUCACUCGUGAUGGUAACAUGGGGCACACAUUUUCUCUGUCACUUUCUUGUAAACAUUGUGACUAAUGGGAUAGUCACAAUACUAUUUAUUAACACUAGAUUGCAACUUUGUAGCCCUAUUUUCAGCAUGUAGAUACGAUGUAUGGCAUUUUUGACUGGUUUGACACACAAUGAUGACGUCACCCAAGGUUUUUUGGCGCCAUUGAGCACAUUUAAAAGCACGAGCACUGUUAUAUGGGGUUCACUUUCCUGAAGACGGCACGCGGAUUGUUGCCGAAACGUUGAAUAAAUAAACACUUGGAUAUUUUUGUAUUUGACAAAGACCUAGGAGU